AUGAAACUAGACCUUGUCAAACGUACUUUCAACUAUGCAGUAGUUAAUAAACCGUCUGGAAUGGUAUGUGAUGCCAGCCACACAAAUAACAUUAUCACUGCAUUGACAAACGAAUUUACAAAAAUACUUCCCUCGGUCAACUCAUCGCAAUUUAGACUUGUACAACGACUAGAUAGAUUCGUCACAGGCGGUCUCGUAGUUGCUAGAAAUAAAAAAUGGGCAGAUAAAGUUAGAAAAUCGUUUUUUCAGGAAGGUACACUUCGACUUACAAGAAGGUAUGUCGGAUUAAUUGCUCUCGACCAAAUUCCUGAAUCAACUCAAGGCACAAUAGAUUUCCCCAUCCAAGCUUUAGAGAAAGAUUACAGAGGGAAAAACAAAUCGAGAGAACUAUUCACUUAUUCGGCCGUUACACAUUACAAAUUGAUUCCGUCGGCAAGGCGAACCAUCAAAGGAGUAUUUCCGGUAUUCCAACAGGGCCCAAUUUUGCCAAUUAUCCUAGAGUUGGAAACUGGAAGAAAGAACCAAAUUCGAGAUCACAUCAUACAAAAAUUUGGAGUUCCUUUAUUGAAUGAUGACAAUUUUUCUGAUUUCAAGCUAAAUUCGGAGAUUCCAAAAGACGUCAAUAGCAAAUUAUAUAAAAGUAACCAGAUUGCUCUUCAUUCUGGCUUGGUAAUUAUGGAGAAUAAUGGAAUAUCACAACAAUUUCUAUUUCCAGUGAACAAUGCGUAUGAUCGAGAGCUUUGG